UUCCUGGAUCUGAACAAGCCUGGCACAAAAAUUAGGAAAAUAACAAAGCACGGUUGGGAUGGGGAUGGGACGAUUCUGAUAUGAAUGAUUGAAUUGCCGCUCAUCUUACCUGACAGAUCGUCUACUAGCUAUUGCUGAGGAGACCUUGGCAGAGUUUCUGUCGAAAGCAACAGGAACUGCUGUCGAUUGGGUGCAAAUGGUUGGGAUGAAGCUUGGUCCGGAUUCCAUUGGAAUCAUCGCUGUUUCGUACAAUUGCAGUGGCGUAGCAGCCCAAGCAGAUCAAGGUCUGGUUCCAGAACCGCAGGUUGUUGCCCAUUUCGGAGCAUCAUGGUGUGUGAUGUCCCUGUCCAUGAACUACAAGUUUGAGGAGCUGGCGCAGACCCACCCCGAGGUCUUGUUCCUCUACGUGGACGUCGACGAUGUCCAGGUGCAACCUGUAUGGAAAUCACCCGACCUCAGAAAGGCCCAACAGAAAUCACAUGCUUCUUUACCUCUGGUGUCCGUGCUACUGGCCCAAGCCGAGGGCAGUCUUGGCUCCAAAACCAAGUGGGAAAGAAACCUUCACCUCAAAUGGUUCUCAUGGACCCUAGAAUUGAGGCAUGUUGAGGUGUAUGUCCAAAUACAUAUGCUGGAAAGGUAGUAUAUCGGCUGCAACUGUUUGUCAGCAGAACCAGCUGGUGGAGACGAUCCAGAGCCCCGAGUUAUGGUUGCUUUAGACAAUUCAUCUGAACCCGUCCUGUCCCAGCCCUCACCCAAUUAAGCAAUUUUGAUGAGCAAGACAAUGUCCCAAACACAAUCGUGGGAGCAGCGCACGGACAUGUACAUGAGCCCCUUCGUACCUAUGGUUGCAGUGCAGUGGUAAAAUAACUAGAUUAAAAUAAUGAAGUUUAUGUAUAGCUAUGGAUUUUGAAACAUUUUCUCAUAACAAUGUAACACAUUUAUACAUAACUUGUUGUGUUAAUAUGUUUCCGUUGCAACGCACAGACACUCAUCUAGUGAUACAAAAGCCCCCGUCAUUACCUUUGACUUGUCCGAUUGUACUAAGUUGGGCCAAUAAUACCAGGCCCAAAGGCCUAGGAGGAAGAAGAUAAGGGUGCCCGUUUCUCUCCUCGACGACGACAUUCUCAACUCUGAAACGGCGAUGUCACGGCUACUCCCGCCCGUGCUCUCUCCUUUACCGGCGUUCUCGCUGCCGCCGCCGCUUCUUCCUCGCAUCCACAUCCGCACGUCGGCGGUGAGAGGCGGUGCGGCGGAGAACGCGAUGGCGUCCGGGACGACGGCGAGGGAGCGGCGCCUGGUCAAGGUGCGGGAGGAGCGCCGCCGCCGCGAGUACGACCGGGAGCACACCUACCCCGGAUGGGCCAAGGUACUGGAGAACGCCUGCAGGGAUGAUGAAGAGCUCCGCGCCAUUCUUGGUGAUAGCAUCGGCAACCCGGAGCUCAUGAAGCAACGGAUCCAGGAAAGGGUGCGCAAGAAAGGCAGGGCCCAAUUCAAUAAAUCCAAGACAGGCUCCAUUGUUGCUUUUAAAGUCAGCUUUCGAGACUUUAACCCAUUGAAUUCUUUCAUUUGGUUUGAGCUCUUUGGAGAACCAACAGAUCGAGAUGUUGACCUGCUUGGUGGUGUAGUCCAAGCUUGGUAUGUCAUGGGAAGGCUAGGAGCUUACAAUUCUUCAAAUUUGCAGUUUCAAUGUCAGCUGGCCAACUCAAUGAUGGACUACGACCCUUCAUAUGAUUCUGAAGAAGCUUCCACAGUAAUGCCAUCAUCUUUCCAUGAUAUCAGUGAUGUUGAGUUCCAAGACAAUUGGGCCAGGGUUUGGGUGGACCUUGGAACCUCGGAUUACCUUGGCUUGGAUGUAUUACUAAACUGCUUAACACAGUUGAGCUCAGAAUUUGGAAGCAUUCCUCCUUAUAACUCAGCCUUGUUGCCUUGACUGGUUCUGCAGGCACUUGGGUAUCAAACAAGUGGUUUUUGGAGGCAAGAAAAUGGGUGACUGGGAAGAGGGCAUGACGAGCUCUGAUUAUGGAUACAAGCACUUCAAGAUAUGAUAAAUUUACAGGUGACAAGCAACGGUGGUGAUGCAAGGCUGGCCGAGAAAUUUGAUCAAGACUGCAUGCAUCUCGAUGUGCCCUUGUAUGUAAAUAAAUAAAUUGUCAUGGGUUUUAUUUUAUCGUCGUGAUAGCAGUGAAUUUUAACUAACAGCUCAAGGCAGGCUAGCAGAAUAGAAAAAUAUAAUAUGGAUGCAUGUCUUGUUUCAGACACGUCUGUUUCUUGAUGAUGAUGAUGAUAAUGAUGAUGAUUCUUGCAACGUCAGGAAAA